UCUGGGAACGGCCAGCACUGGGCGUCAGUAGAAGGUGGAAGGAUAAACUGUGUCAAGAUCCGUGUUUAAUGGAGCUGCAGUAAAAAGGACUGACAGCAGAAAGAAGAAGAAGAAACGGAUAUCCUAAGAGACGACGGAAGGAAUAAUAACUUUUCUUUGGAGCAAACUGAGCUGAGAGCGAAGAUGGCAUCAGUGAGUGACCCCCGUCAGCAGACACAGGUGCAGAAGGAUGCAGCUGACCAGAACUUUGACUAUAUGUUUAAGCUACUUAUCAUUGGUAACAGCAGCGUAGGAAAGACCAGCUUCCUGUUCCGCUACGCAGAUGACUCCUUCACCUCAGCGUUCGUCAGCACCGUCGGCAUCGACUUCAAAGUCAAAACUGUGUACCGCAAUGAGAAACGCAUCAAACUCCAGAUCUGGGACACUGCAGGUCAGGAGCGAUAUCGCACCAUCACCACGGCCUACUACAGAGGAGCCAUGGGCUUCCUGCUCAUGUAUGACAUCACCAACCAGGAAUCUUUCUACGCUGUACAGGACUGGGCAACUCAGAUUAAGACAUACUCUUGGGACAAUGCUCAAGUUAUCCUGGUUGGAAAUAAGUGUGACCUGGAGGAUGAAAGACUGGUGGCCACAGAAGAUGGACAGAGACUAGCUAAUGAAUUAGGGUUCCAGUUCUUUGAGGCGAGUGCAAAAGACAACAUCAAUGUAAAGCAGGUUUUCGAGCGGCUUGUUGACAUCAUCUGCGACAAGAUGAACGAGAGCAUGGACGGACAGCCAAGCCCGCUGGCCAAUCACAAAGGACCCAGCCUAGAGGACACUCCCCCUACCAGCCAAAAUGGCUGCUCAUGUUAAUAAAUGCUCUCAGACACACACACACACACACACACACACACACACAUACACAUAUGCACAUAUAUAACAUGCACACAUGCCUAGCCCAACACAGCCAGAUCCUACUGAUACCAAAUAGUAGUAAUGUAACAAAGAGUACAGUGUAUGUGUAUAGUACAUGUGUACACACACCCACACACACCCACACCCACACACACACACACAGGUAUCGACCUGUCACAGUGGUUCUCAACUGGAUUUACCUCAGGUCCAAUAUUUGUCCUUUUUCAUUAAGUCCUGACCCAAAUACAAGCUUUUAAGCCUUUUAAAUUUAUUUCACACAACGAAUACUGCAGUAAAAGUCUGCACUCCUCAUGCAUUAAAACAGGAGACAAAUUGAAAUAUAACAUAUAGACAAGGUCUAAAAAGCUACGUAAUAGAGGUCGACCGAUAGCGGAUUUUACUGAUAACUAAAUUGGCCAGUACUGCCGAUAACCGCUUAUCGGUGCCAAUUAAUCGGAAAAUCUGAUCAAUCGGUCGACCUCAACUAAGUAAACAUAUAACAUUAAAAUCAUGACCCACGAAGACAAAAACAUUCAUUACUAAAGGCAUAAUAAUAUAUUAAUAUUCCUAUAAUACUACUACUAAUAUCAUCAUCAUCAUCAGGCUUGACAUAAAACGUCAUUACUAUACUUAUGGAGUCAUAAUAAUAAUUUUUGCAUUGAUGGAAUAUCUCUUUAUUCCUCACACCUUAGCUUAAAGCUAAGUGUGACUUAAGCUAAGAGGGCUUCAUACUUUUAUUUUCUUAUUUUAAACGAUUUUGAGUGAAAUUUGCAAAGCUAAGUGUUUUUCGAACUCAAAACAUGCAAACAUUAAAGCCACAUGCUCUAUGCUAUAAUACCUGUAGGCUUUCUAAAUCAAAAGGCUACAUGAUUGACAGGAAAGUAGAGACAUCAUCCUGUUCUGAUUAGUUCUUAAUCUUAAUCUGAAUGGACCACAUGAUUUUUCUUUCUUUCUUUCUUUCUGAAGUUCUCCUUCUCAGUAUAUUGUAAGAUAUUUUAAGUAGAAUGCUACCAGAAUUGGGUAUUUGUCUGUAAGUGGGCAUUUUUAAAAUUUGGCUAAAUGCAUUUUUAUUAUAGACCUGACACGGUUUCAUUAAACAGAAAACACUGUAUGCCUUUCAAAUUUAAGCAGCUCGUGCCUGCUCACAACUCACCAGUUGAGAACCACUGAGCCAACAGAGAUCGGUUAGACCCAUGAUCAUACACAAUCAUACUCCAUACAUCCAUGCAGAGUGUUACACAACAGCAGCCUGGCUGUUUUCAGGCUACAGCAUCUCAGAUGUAGCAAGGAAUUGGAGGUCGUGUUCAGAAUUCAAAACAAGUGAAUGUAUUUUACACCUCGUUGAUGUCAUGUCAAUGCUACAGAAACUGAAGGUCUCUGAAUGGCCCACUCCCCAAACUUGAUCAGUUUUGCUUUAAUCAAAUUAGGCAACUGCAUCAGAUUUUACUUUGACAUUGUCAUUAGACACAGAAUGUCCAGGACAUUUCAGCUUUCUGACAUUUCAAAGACAGCUCUUAUUGUAUUUUUAAAGUUCUUAUGCCUCCUUGUGGACACUGGAUGUAACUGCUGUGCAUCUCUGUAUCCGAGUCAUGACAUCUAUGAUCUCAAAUCUAAGAGGCUGGAACAUACCAUGGUUUAAAUGUUUUCUUGCUCAAGCUAAUCUUAUUCAUGUUAUGCUACUUAUCAGUUAAGGAAAAGUGAAAUUAGGGUAUGCUGGUAUAGUGAAAAACCACGCAACGCUGUUCCAUCUGCUGGAAAACGUAACUUUAUAAAAUUAUCUUGUAUGUGCUGUUCUAAAUUAUAAACUCUUAUUGUGAAGUAUUCACUGUGUC